AUGAUCUACGGGUAUAACUCGAAGUUGUCGAGCCACGGAGUCGAUACGAUUCUCAACUACGGGCGGGAGCUAAUAGAGGAAAUCAAGAAGAUUCGGAACACGAAGGAGCUCCAGCAGAGACCUCUGAUCUUCAUCGCACACAGCUUCGGAGGCAUUAUCUUGGCUCACUGCCUAGUGAGGGCCAUCCAGACGAGGGAUGAAGACCACCCGGCCAUCACGUCGCUACAUCGCGCCACGUACGGCAUGAUGCUCUUUGCCAUCCCACAUAAAGGAUUAGUGAUGGACGAUAUCCAGUAG